GCAUGGCAGCGGCGCUUCUAGAAAGCGCUCCGGCGGGAAACGCGGCACCGGCGGGAGGGGGGCAGGGGUGCCGGGAGUCGCCGGAGCCCCCGAGAGGGGUGCUGCGGCCUCGGGGAUCCCCCGGCACCUAGACUCGGCCUCCGGGCAGCCACCGCGGCCUCAGGGAUGCCCUUUCGGGCACCGGCGCCGAGGCACAGCCUCUGGCGAGCCUGACACCGCCGGGGGCUCGGCAGGAUGGAAGCCACAGACGAUCCCAUGCCUGUCCCCAUCUGUGUCCCUGCGCUGGCCACAGAGCGGAGGUUCGCCCAGCACCUCAGGGAAUAUCUGGAGCAGGAGCGGCUCUCGGACGGGCGUUACCAGCUGCAGCGGGUGCCAGGGGGCCGCGUGGCCCUGCCUGUGCUGGAGGAGAAGCUCUCCCAGCUCUGCCUGCCCCCGGAGAUGCCCUGUGAGCUGGUCCGGAUCCAGUGCCCUGUUCUCUCCAGGGCCGCCCGCCGCUGCACGCCUGCCCAGAGGCUGCGGGAUGAGCUGCGGCUGCUGUUGGGUGCGAGCUGGUCGGAGGAGCUGGAGCGGGAUGUGCCCCACGCCUGGCAGCGGCACGGGGACCUGGUCCUCCUGAGCCAGGACAGCUUCAAGGCUGCGGCAUGGGAGAGCCUGGGUAAGGGUCAGCAGGGCCUGCCCUGUCGGCCCCGGUGCUGCCCACAUUGCCCAGAUCUCCCGGGAUGUUAUGUUGCAGGCUCGGUGCUCUGGGAGACGGUGGCCUCUGCUCUGGGGGCCCGGCGGGUGGCCAGGCGAGGACGGGUGAUGCCGGAUGGGAUGCGGACCCCCAGUGUGACCCUGCUGCUGGGCCAGCACGGCUGGGUGGAGCACGUGGACAACGGGAUCAGGUACACCUUCGAUGUGACCAAGUGCAUGUUCUCCCCGGGCAACAUCACGGAGAAGUUGCGUGUGGCCUCCCUGCCCUGCUCUGGGGAGGUCGUGGUGGAUCUCUAUGCAGGCAUCGGCUAUUUCACACUGCCGUUCCUGGUGCAUGCGGGAGCUGCCUUUGUCCAUGCCUGCGAGUGGAACAGCCACGCCGUGGAGGCCCUGCACAGGACCCUGCUGCUGAACGGGGUGCGGGAUCGCUGCCGCAUCCACACUGGGGACAGCCGGCAGCUGCAGCUGCAGGAUAUGGCAGACAGGGUGAACCUGGGGCUGAUUCCCAGCUCGGAGCAAGGCUGGCCGGUGGCCUGCCGUGUCCUGAAGAAGGACACAGGUGGGGUUCUCCACAUCCACCACAAUGUGGAGACUCCCCCUGUGCCAGCCCCACCGCAGAACGUGGUGCUGCUGGCUGAGCAGGGCUCUGCAGAGGCAGCCAGCCCUGGGGGAGAGGCACGGCACCCAGCAGAGGACGGUGGGGAGGAGACACUGGGGGCCAGGUUCAGACCCGAGUGGCAGCGGUGGGCUGAAGCCACGGCCACACGGAUCUGGGGGCUGCUGGCAGAGCUGCACGGGCGACCGUGGAGCACCAGUAUCCUGCACCUCGAGGCAGUCAAAUCCUAUGCACCACACGUGCAUCACCUCGUGCUGGACCUCGAGUGCCGGCCAGUGCUGCCCCUUUAGUUGGGCAUGGGCACCGCUGGGGCUCCAGCUCCCAUGGAAAGGUGGUCUCAAGCACCAGGGGCAAGGAGAUGCUACCAGCAGUGUCUUGCUGCCAGCCUGGAUAUACUUUAUGUCCCCUGGUUCCCAACUGCCAGCAGUGCCCAGCAGUGCCUCCCCAUGCCCAGGGCAACCAGGUUGUGCUCCCAUGCAGAUCCCUUCAGGAUCCAGAUGAGGAUGGAGCAAGCUGGGGCUCAGAGUGCCAGUGUUCUGCCCUGGAUCUGCCAGUUGCUGACCAUGUCCUGGGCACGUGGCAGCACCUUGAGCCCCAUUUUCACACAGGAGAGAGCCACAGUGCUGAGAAGCCUUGGAUUCCUGCUUGGUUCAUUUCAGGGACAACCUUUGUGCUUGUAUUUUUACCAGCAUGCUUUUUUAAUGUACUGGAGACACGUCUGUUCAUCUUGUUUCCUUCCUAUCCUUUUUUCAGAAAUAAAGAUGUUUCUCACCAUC